AUGUUGUUCGAAGACCUAGCCACAGAACUCGUCGUGCAGGUGUUCUUAUCAUGCCGUUCCGUCACCGACGUAACAGCUCUAUCCUCCACUUGUCGUCGUUUCCGCAACAUCUAUUCUUCCUCCCAGAAACUCCCUAUCCUCGAAAAUGCCGCCGAAACGCAGUUCGGACCGCUCGAAGACCUCACCCAGCUCCUUACCCACAAUGCCAGUCAGCCUGCGCACAUCGUUCGCUCCGUUCCUUUCUCUCUAGCACUGCUUAAGCAGAUUGUGCAUCAUGGGCGCGUGGCGGAGAAAUGGUGCGAUAUAUACCCGUUCAAGAAGUGGAAGCACAACUAUGAGAGCCGCCGUCUCUUGACAACGGAUGAGCGCUACCUAGUCAGAAGAGCCAUAUACAGAAUAUGGCUGUACUCACGCGCCUUCCACAACCGCGAUCACCCUCGCGAAUCCCGCGCAACAAGACUCGUUCUGCUCAAGCGCGCAGCACUCCUACACAACUGGAGUACCUGGGCACUAGCCGAAAUCGCCGAUGUCCAUAGUGUCAUACGAGAGGUCGUACAGAGCAACGUCUGUCCAUCGAACGGCACCAUUGCGAGAAAGUUCAAGAAGCGGCAUCCUGGCAAUGAGCAUUCUUUGCUAUUCAACAUCCACCUCAACUAUCCACCUACGGCCCCCCAAGCCUUUAAUCCCUUUACACCGAACCCUCUCUCCACCUACUUCAAUAACACACCAACCUAUACCUCGCGCUACGCCGCAUCGAAGUACUCUCUGCACCCAUCCCACGAAGUCGGCGCUGAAGGCUGGGGCGACGAUAUCCCCCACUACUACGUUAUCGAGGACUACAUGAAACUCGAUCCCGCUCAGAUACUAUACUUGAAGGAGCAUGCGCCGCUAAAGGGCAUGGUGGAGAGUUACGUGAGGAGCUUGUGUCCGGAUUAUGAUUGGUUUACCAACAACGGGGAGACGUGGGUGCAGACGUUGGAGUUUGUGCUCGAUGAGCGUGGAGAGGAUGUUGGGGACUUUAUGGGUGCUAUAUCGGAUGGGGUAGCGGGUGUUGCUGUGAAUGACGUGUGA